CCAUUGGCCUCCGCUCUCUACAAAUCUCUCCUCUCUUCUCUUCCAUAGUCAGAUCUCUCUCUCACUUUGCUAUAGAGACAUGAAAACGCCUCUUCCUCCUCAGCCUUCCCCCGAGCUCCCGGACUGCUCCUACACUGCCCCGUCGUCCCUGAUCCGGCCAUCCUCCCCGACCCCGACCGGCACCCUCUACCUCUCCAACCUCGACGACCAGCACUUCCUCCGGUUCUCCAUCAAGUACCUCUACCUCUUCGAGACAUCCGUCCCUUCCGACACCUUAAAGCGCUCCCUCUCAAGAGUUCUCAUCGACUACUACCCGCUUGCUGGGCGGCUCAGGACAAGCUGCCCUGGAGAUGACAGGAAGCUCGAGGUGGACUGCAAUGGGGAGGGGGCCUUGUUCGCGGAGGCCUCCAUGGAUUUGACUGCCGAGGAGGUGCUGGGGCUCGCCCGGAGGCCGAACAGGUCCUGGAGGAAGCUCUUGUAUAGGGUGGAAGGCCAGAGCUUCUUGAAUGUCCCUCCCCUUGUUGUCCAGGCCACUAAUCUCCGGUGCGGGGGAAUGAUCCUGUGCACCGCGAUCUGCCACUGCCUGUGCGACGGCAUCGGCUCAUCGCAGUUCCUCCGCGCGUGGGCCCACCUUACUUCCAAGCCCCACGCAGAUCUCACCCUCCAGCCAAUACACAGCCGCCACGUGUUGAGACCCUGCGACCCUCCCAAGAUCCAAUCCGUCCACCCCCAGUACGCCAGACAUCCCAGCAGGCACAAUGACGGAAAUGCCCCCCCGGCGGACCUCCACCGGCAACUCCAGUGCCAGCCGCUCGUCCCGGUGUCCCUGACAUUUACACCCUCGGACGUGGUCCAGCUCAAAAGACGGUGUGUGCGGUCUGUUAAGUGCACGACUUUUGAGGUGCUUGCAGCGCACACGUGGCGGUCCUGGGUGAGGUUGCUCGGGCUAGGGUCAUCGGUCAACAUCAAGCUCCUUUUCUCGGUCAACAUCAGGCAGCGGCUCAGCCCGCAGCUUCAGCCAGGAUUCUACGGCAACGGGUUUGUACUCGGGUGCGCUUGUACCACGGUGAGCGAUCUGGGCAAUAAUAAUUUAUCCAAUGGAGUGAAACUAGUGCAGCAAGCGAAAUCAGCAGUCACUGAUGAUCACGUAAAAUCGAUAAUCGAUCUGUUGGAGGACAAGACGGUCAGGACGGACAUGAGCACAUGUUUCGUGAUCUCGCAAUGGUCAAGGCUGGGGCUAGAGGACUUAGAUUUUGGCACCGGGAAGCCUGUCCUCAUGGGGCCCGUGAUGAGCGAUAUAUACUGCCUGUUCCUGCCUGUGUGCGGCUGCCCGGAGUCGGUAAGGGUGCUCGUGUCGGUGCCGGAGAGCAUGGCGAAGAGAUUUGAGUACUUAAUGAGAGGCUUUGAAGUAGAUGGAGGUGACGAGAGUGCAGGAGAGAAUGGAUCGGUAGAUUUUGAAGAUAUGUAAAUUAACCUAACAAAACAAAAACUCCAUCUAAUUUGCUAACGCAGAUUUGAUAUCCACACCUCCUUUUUUUUUUUUUUCACCCUGCAAUCGUGUUUCUUUGUUUGCAUUUCGUGCACAUCUGAUAUUAUAAAUGAAGUCCCUUAAUAAUAUAACGCGGUCUAUCAACUGCACCCCUUUUCAUAAA